CACACACACCCACACUUGCAGAAAACAAAAAUUGAAGAAAUUCCAAUGCAGCUUCAUUCAAUAUUCUUUCUAUGAUAGUUUGAAUGCGUCUUCUUCCUUCUCCCUUUUCCCACCCCUCCAAAAACACACAACGCCAUACAUUUCUUUGUUCUUCUCUUCUCCAUAGAGAAAAUAAUCACUAAAUUAUUUUUAAGUAAGAGAAGAGAGGAUGAGAGAAAUCAUAAGCAUACAUAUCGGCCAGGCCGGAAUUCAGGUCGGCAAUGCCUGCUGGGAGCUCUAUUGCCUUGAACAUGGAAUUCAGCCCGACGGUUACAUGCCUAGUGACAAAACUGCUGGUAUUGCAGAUGAUUCUUUCAACACCUUCUUCAGCGAAACCGGUGCUGGCAAGCAUGUACCCCGCGCUAUUUUUCUUGAUCUUGAACCCACUGUCGUUGAUGAGGUUAGAAAUGGGGCAUACAGACAACUCUUUCAUCCUGAACAACUUAUUUCUGGCAAGGAGGAUGCUGCAAAUAACUUUGCCAGAGGACACUAUACAGUGGGUAAGGAUAUCAUUGAUCUAUGCCUUGAUCGAGUUAGAAAGCUAGCAGACAACUGCACUGGUUUGCAGGGCUUUCUGGUGUUUAAUGCUGUUGGUGGUGGCACUGGCUCUGGUCUCGGGUCCCUGCUUCUAGAGCGUUUGUCUGUAGAUUAUGGCAAAAAGUCGAAACUUGGCUUUACUAUUUACCCAUCUCCCCAGGUUUCCACUGCGGUGGUAGAGCCUUAUAAUAGCGUCUUGUCCACCCAUUCCCUUCUAGAGCAUACAGAUGUUGUGGUGCUUUUGGACAAUGAAGCUAUAUAUGAUAUUUGCAGGAGAUCUUUGGACAUCGAGAGACCAACUUACGCGAAUUUGAACCGUUUAAUUUCACAGAUCAUCUCGUCUUUGACCACUUCGUUGAGAUUUGAUGGUGCCAUUAAUGUGGACAUCACAGAGUUUCAAACAAACCUUGUGCCUUAUCCUCGUAUCCAUUUCAUGCUUUCAUCUUAUGCACCAGUAAUCUCAGCAGCUAAAGCUUACCAUGAACAAUUAUCUGUUCCUGAGAUCACAACUGCUGUAUUUGAACCUUCUAGUAUGAUGGCCAAGUGUGAUCCACGGCAUGGGAAGUACAUGGCGUGCUGUUUAAUGUAUCGUGGUGACGUUGCUCCAAAAGAUGUUAAUACUGCUGUUGCUACCAUUAAAACUAAAAGGGCCGUUCAGUUUGUUGACUGGUGCCCCACGGGUUUCAAAUGCGGCAUCAAUUACCAGCCACCCACAGUGGUGCCGGGGGGUGAUCUUGCGCGUGUGAAGCGUGCAGUCUGCAUGAUAAGCAACAACACAGCCGUGGCAGAAGUCUUCUCUCGAAUCGAUCACAAAUUUGAUGUCAUGUAUGCUAAGCGAGCUUUUGUGCACUGGUAUGUUGGUGAAGGCAUGGAGGAAGGUGAAUUCUCGGAAGCCCGUGAAGAUCUUGCUGCCCUUGAAAAAGACUAUGAGGAAGUGGGCGCUGAAGGCCUGGACGAUGAAGAUGAAGAUGUGGAAGAAGAGUAUUAAUAAUAAGUAGUUUUUAAUGGCUUAAGAUGUCUUUCGUGAAUUCACUCUUCCAUCUCUUAUAGGGUUAUGUUAUUUGUGUCCCUAAUUCCAAUUUUUCCAAUCUUGUUGUUCUGGAGGGGAAAUUCUCUAGAAUGGUUUUCGUAUUUUAACAGUUGAUAUUAACUUGCAAUGGAAAUUUUGGUAUUAUUGGUCGAUAUUGUUAGCUUAAUAUUGGAAAUUUGAUGGUUAGUGCUUUAGAUGUUGGAGUUGGACAAUUAUUAUGCAUGUAUGCCACCUCUCCCCACUAGUUCGAAAAAGAAAAUCAGAACAUUGCACUACUAGUAUUUGGAGAAGAAAAAUUACGAAUAUAUUUUCUUGCUUAUGCGAUAAUUUCUACUGUCAAAAAAUCAAGGGAAAAAACCUACAGCUCCAAAGGAAAACCAUUCCCGAAUCAUUCGCACAAGUAAUCGCUUCAACUUUUUCAUCAGUUCAUAUUUAUAUCAACCGUCAAUGAAGAGUAUCAUUUAACUCUUCAAAAGAAACAACUUAUACGCUCGCUAGGCCUUUAAUUUUUAACACCUCUGGAGUUCCGAUGCUGUAGCUCGCACCAAACCCCUCACUCCCGCUCCAUAACGGCUGAAGCUUAGGUAUACACUCCACCCGAAAGGUAAUAACCCAAUUGAAACUAAUCUUAACUAUAUUUUCCCAGAAACAUGCAAAUUAUAAAUAAAUAUAAACCAGCAAGUUUUCAUAUCUCAACAAAAAUAAAGUCAAAAGGCAAACAAAACCCGGUACUGCUGUAUUGUAACAGGUAAAACAUUUCACCCAUUCAUAGUUUUGCUAAAGAUUAACCAGUGAACUCCCUAAACCGAAUUUAAGAAAACAAGCCAGGU